AUGAAGGAGCAGCUGGCGUCUCUUCAGGACAGUGAGAAGGGCCACUCCGAAGCCCUGCAGCUGCUGCAGCGACAGCUCACCGAGACCAAGUCAUCGGCGAAGGGUCUGCGCGCCACCAUCGGAGAGGCGUUCGAGCGGCUGCACCGGUUCCUUCGCGAGCGCCAGAAGAGCAUGCUGGAGGAGCUGGAGACCGACACGGCUCGAAAACUCUCCGACAUCGAGCACAAGAUCCAGCGCUACAGCCAGCAGCUCCGCGACGUCAAAGAAGGCAUCCUCAUCCUGCAGGAGCGGCUCAACGAGACCGCCAGGCACACUUUCUUAGAGGGCGUGGCCGUCACAUCAGAGAGGAUCAAGGGGAAGAUACAUGAGACCAAUCUGACGUACGAAGACUUCCCGACAUCCAAAUACAUGGGUCCCUUACAGUACACGAUAUGGAAGUCUCUGUUUCAAGACGUAUCGCCAGUGCCGGCCGCCCUGACGCUGGACCCCAUCACGGCGCACCAAAGACUUAUCCUAUCCGACGACUGCACCAUCGUGGCGUACGGGAACCUCCACCCGCAGCCGCUGCAGGACUCCCCGCGCCGCUUCGACGUGGAGGUGAGCGUGCUGGGGGCCGAGGGCUUCAGCGGCGGCGUGCACUACUGGGAGGUGAUGGUGUCGGAGAAAACCCAGUGGAUGAUCGGCGUGGCCAACGAGACCGUCAGCCGCAAGGGGAGCAUCCAGAUCCAGCCGGGACGCGGGUUCUACUGUAUAGUGAUGCACGACGGCAACCAGUACAGCGCCUGCACCGAGCCCUGGACGCGCCUCAACGUCAAGUCCAAGCUGGAGAAGGUGGGCGUGUACUUGGACUACCACAAAGGUCUGCUCAUCUUCUACAACGCCGACGACAUGUCCUGGCUCUACACCUACCGAGAGAAGUUCCCCGCGAAAGUCUUCCCCUACUUCAGCCCGGGCCAGAGCCACGCCAACGGCAAGAACGUACAACCUCUACGCAUAAACACGUCUCUCUCACCUCAAUCUCCCUCAACAGUUUCUCACUUCAGUCUCUCACCUCAGUCUCUCUCGCCUUUGCCUCGCUCACCUCAGUCUCUCUCCCCUCAGUCUCUCGCCCCCUCAGUCUCUCGCCCCCUCAGUCUCUCGCCCCCUCAGUCUCUCUCCCCUCAGUCUCUCGCCCCCUCAGUCUCUCUCCCCUCAGUCUCUCUCCCCUCAGUCUCUCGCCCCCUCAGUCUCUCACCUCAGUCUCUCGCCCCCUCAGUCUCUCACCUCAGUCUCUCGCCCCCUCAGUCUCUCACCUCAGUCUCUCACCUCAGUCUCUCUCGCCUUUGCCUCGCUCACCUCAGUCUCUCUCCCCUCAGUCUCUCACCUCAGUCUCUCUCGCCUUUGCCUCGCUCACCUCAGUCUCUCUCCCCUCAGUCUCUCACCUCAGUCUCUCUCGCCUUUGCCUCGCUCACCUCAGUCUCUCUCCCCUCAGUCUCUCACCUCAGUCUCUCUCGCCUUUGCCUCGCCCCCUCAGUCUCUCGCCCCCUCAGUCUCUCGCCCCCUCAGUCUCUCGCCCCCUCAGUCUCUCGCCCCCUCAGUCUCUCGCCCCCUCAGUCUCUCGCCCCCUCAGUCUCUCUCCCCUCAGUCUCUCGCCCCCUCAGUCUCUCUCCCCUCAGUCUCUCGCCCCCUCAGUCUCUCUCCCCUCAGUCUCUCGCCCCCUCAGUCUCUCGCCCCCUCAGUCUCUCGCCCCCUCAGUCUCUCGCCCCCUCAGUCUCUCUCCCCUCAGUCUCUCUCCCCUCAGUCUCUCUCCCCUCAGUCUCUCACCUCAGUCUCUCUCGCCUUUGCCUCGCCCCCUCAGUCUCUCGCCCCCUCAGUCUCUCUCCCCUCAGUCUCUCGCCCCCUCAGUCUCUCGCCCCCUCAGUCUCUCGCCCCCUCAGUCUCUCGCCCCCUCAGUCUCUCGCCCCCUCAGUCUCUCGCCCCCUCAGUCUCUCGCCCCCUCAGUCUCUCGCCCCCUCAGUCUCUCGCCCCUCAGUCUCUCUCCCCUCAGUCUCUCGCCCCCUCAGUCUCCCCCUCAGUCCCCUCAGUCUCUCGCCCCCUCAGUCUCUCUCCCCUCAGUCUCUCGCCCCCUCAGUCUCUCGCCCCCUCAGUCUCUCGCCCCCUCAGUCUCUCUCCCCUCAGUCUCUCUCCCCUCAGUCUCUCUCCCCUCAGUCUCUCUCCCCUCAGUCUCUCACCUCAGUCUCUCUCGCCUUUGCCUCGCCCCCUCAGUCUCUCGCCCCCUCAGUCUCUCUCCCCUCAGUCUCUCGCCCCCUCAGUCUCUCGCCCCCUCAGUCUCUCGCCCCCUCAGUCUCUCGCCCCUCAGUCUCUCUCCCCUCAGUCUCUCGCCCCCUCAGUCUCUCUCCCCUCAGUCUCUCGCCCCCUCAGUCUCUCUCCCCUCAGUCUCUCGCCCCCUCAGUCUCUCGCCCCCUCAGUCUCUCGCCCCCUCAGUCUCUCUCCCCUCAGUCUCUCUCCCCUCAGUCUCUCGCCCCCUCAGUCUCUCUCCCCUCAGUCUCUCGCCCCCUCAGUCUCUCGCCUCAGUCUCUCACCCAGUGUCCCUCCUGUCAAUCUCUCUCUCCCCUCUGUCUCUCUCCCCUCAGUCUCUCGCCCCCUCAGUCUCUCUCCCCUCAGUCUCUCGCCUCAGUCUCUCACCCAGUGUCCCUCCUGUCAAUCUCUCUCUCCCCUCUGUCUCUCGCCCCUCAGUCUCUCCUCCCCUCAGUCUCUCGCCCCCUCAGUCUCUCGCCCCCUCAGUCUCUCGCCCCCUCAGUCUCUCGCCCCCUCAGUCUCUCUCCCCUCAGUCUCUCGCCCCCUCAGUCUCUCUCCCCUCAGUCUCUCUCCCCUCAGUCUCUCUCCCCUCAGUCUCUCUCCCCUCAGUCUCUCUCCCCUCAGUCUCUCUCCCCUCAGUCUCUCUCCCCUCAGUCUCUCUCCCCUCAGUCUCUCGCCCCCUCAGUCUCUCGCCCCUCAGUCUCUCUCCCCUCAGUCUCUCGCCCCCUCAGUCUCUCGCCCCCUCAGUCUCUCGCCCCCUCAGUCUCUCGCCCCCUCAGUCUCUCGCCUCAGUCUCUCACCUCAGUCUCUCACCCAGUGUCCCUCCUGUCAAUCUCUCUCUCCCCUCAGUCUCUCUCCCCUCAGUCUCUCGCCCCCUCUGUCUCUCUCCCCUCUGUCUCUCUCCCCUCUGUCUCUCUCCCCUCAGUCUCUCUCCCCUCUGUCUCUCUCCCCUCUGUCUCUCUCCCUUCAGUCUCUUAA